AUGGGCACCACGAAGACAAGUCUUGUCGAGACCUUCAUCAAGAUGCAGAUCUUCGUCAAGACCCUCACGGGUAAGACUAUCACCCUCGAGGUGGAGUCCUCGGACACCAUUGACAAUGUCAAGUCCAAGAUCCAGGACAAGGAGGGUAUCCCCCCGGACCAGCAGCGUCUGAUCUUCGCUGGUAAGCAGCUCGAGGACGGCCGUACUCUUUCGGACUACAACAUCCAGAAGGAGUCCACCCUCCACCUGGUGCUCCGCCUGCGUGGUGGUGGUAAGAAGCGCAAGAAGAAGGUCUACACCACCCCCAAGAAGAUCAAGCACAAGCACAAGAAGACCAAGCUUGCCGUCCUCAAGUACUACAAGGUCGACGGUGAUGGCAAGAUUGAGCGUCUUCGCCGCGAGUGCCCCUCCCCCGAGUGCGGUGCUGGUAUCUUCAUGGCCGCUAUGCACAACCGCCAGUACUGCGGAAAGUGCCACCUCACCUACGUCUUCGACGAGUCCAAAUAA